AUGGACGAGUGGGAAGAAGAGGAAACUUCUACUAGUUCUGUCACACUAACCAGCCACGCCUCAAGUCAAGGUCGGGGUGGAAGAGGCCGAGGCAGACGAGGAGGAUUUUCAAGUUCAUUCUCCUCAGGUGGUGAUGAGCAUGGACACGAUGGUGACAGCUGGAACAACACAGUAGGAGAAAGAGGUGGAUUCAGAGGCAGAGGAGGUCGCGGCAGAGGAUUUGGUGGAAUGGAUUGCAUUGAAUUCGGUGGAGGAGAUGAUGGAGUGUGUGAAAAUGGGUUUAGAGGAGGAAGCCGAGGAGUACGAGGCAGCAGGGGAGGACGAGGCUUCAGACAAGGUGGAGACCAGGGAGGCAGAGGAGGCUUUGGAGGAGGUUACAGAGGAAAAGAUGAACAGAUCUUUGCUCGAGGAGAAGAUAAAGAUCCAGAUAAGAAGGAUGGGAACGAUGGUGACAGACCAAAGGUCACCUACGUCCCUCCAACUCUCCCUGAGGAUGAAGACUCCAUCUUUGCCCACUAUGAGUCAGGCAUCAAUUUCAACAAGUAUGACGACAUUCUGGUUGACGUCAGUGGAACCAACCCACCACAGGCCAUCAUGACCUUUGCUGAGGCAGCACUGUGUGAGUCCCUGAGUAAAAACGUCAGUAAAUCUGGUUACGUGAAGCCGACUCCUGUGCAGAAGCACGGCAUCCCCAUCAUCUCUGCCGGCAGAGAUCUCAUGGCCUGUGCCCAGACUGGAUCUGGUAAAACGGCUGCGUUCCUGUUGCCCAUCCUACAGCAGCUGAUGGCAGACGGCGUGGCAGCCAGUCAGUUCAGUGAACUGCAGGAGCCUGAAGCAAUCAUCGUCGCUCCAACCAGGGAGCUCAUCAACCAGAUCUACCUGGAGGCCAGGAAGUUCGCCUUUGGGACCUGUGUGCGCCCAGUGGUGGUUUAUGGUGGAGUCAGCACUGGACACCAGAUCAGGGAAAUAUGCAGAGGAUGCAACGUCCUGUGUGGAACUCCAGGGAGACUACUGGAUGUGAUUGGACGAGGAAAGGUGGGGCUGCACAAGCUGCGCUACCUGGUGCUGGAUGAGGCUGACCGCAUGCUGGAUAUGGGCUUUGAGCCUGACAUGCGCCGCCUGGUGGGCUCCCCUGGGAUGCCCUCCAAAGAGAAUCGUCAGACCCUGAUGUUCAGCGCAACCUACCCCGAGGACAUCCAGAGGAUGGCAGCUGACUUCCUCAAGACCGACUACCUGUUCUUAGCUGUGGGCGUAGUGGGUGGAGCCUGCAGUGAUGUGGAGCAGAAGUUUAUUGAAGUAACUAAGUUCUCCAAGAGGGAGCAGCUUCUUGACAUCCUGAAGACAACAGGAACGGAGCGCACCAUGGUGUUUGUGGAGACCAAGAGACAGGCUGAUUUUAUUGCCACAUUCUUGUGCCAGGAGAAGGUUCCAACUACCAGCAUCCAUGGAGACCGGGAGCAGCGGGAACGGGAGCAGGCCCUGGCAGACUUCCGCGCUGGGAAAUGUCCAGUCCUGGUGGCAACCUCUGUUGCUGCCCGUGGUCUGGAUAUUCCAGAUGUUCAGCAUGUGGUGAACUUUGACCUCCCCAACAACAUAGACGAAUACGUCCACCGUAUUGGGAGAACUGGCCGCUGUGGAAACACUGGAAGGGCGGUGUCAUUCUAUGACCCAGACGCUGAUGGACAGCUGGCUGGGUCCCUUGUCAGCAUCCUGUCCAAGGCCCAGCAGGAAGUGCCCUCCUGGUUAGAGGAGUGUGUGUUCAGCGGCUCCAGUAGCUCAGGUGUGAACCCCUCCAGGAGGACCUUUGCGUCCACAGACUCCAGGAAGGGUCCACAGGGCAGCUCCUUUCAGGACAGCAGUAUGACGAGCCAGCCGGCUGUUCCUGCUGCAGCUGAUGAUGAAGACUGGGAGUAG